ACUCAAAAUGUUUCCUUCAGGUUUGAACCAACAAAAUCAACAAAGGGAGCCAGCAAAAUGCGCCGCGAUCUCAUCAACGCAGAGAUCUCGAACCUUCGAGAUCUUUUGCCCCUGCCGCCUUCUACCAGGCAGAGGCUCUCGCAGCUGCAGCUCAUGGCUCUUGUCUGCGUUUACGUUAGAAAGAUGAACUACUUCCAACAAGUGUUCAAAAGUCACGAAUUCAGUUAUCAGUAUCAAGAGCAAGCGACUCCCACACCUAAUAUUGGAUUUUCAAAGGCGAUGAAUGGGUUUAUGAUGAUGAUGACACAGAAUGGGAAACUGUUGUAUAUAUCGGAAAAUGCAGCCGAGUAUUUAGGACAUUCGAUGGAGGAUCUACUGAUUCACGGCGACAGUGUAUAUGAUAUAAUAGAUAGACAAGAUCACCAGACGGUCCAAAUGGAAUUGAAUAGGGGAGAUAAUGCAGAGACUGAUAUAGUACCAAAGAAUAGACAUUUUUUCUGUAGAAUGAACGUUUCAAGAAACGCUAGAAGACAAAUGAGAUUUGGAGACCAAAAAGUAGUUCUUGUAAGAGGUCAUUACGUAUCGUACCUGCCGCUAUGCAGCCGCAACGAGCCCGUGUUCUUGGCGGUGUGCACGCCGCUGGCGAUGCCGGAGACACGCGAGUGCGUCGUGCACGGCGCCACCAAUGUCUUCACCACCGUGCACGCCAUGGACAUGAAGAUACUGCACAUCGACGCCAAUGGUGAAUGGUACUUAGGAUGGAAAAAGCAGGAAUUGUGCGAUGUGUCGUGGUACCAAUUACUACAUUGGGAAAGUUUACGAGAUGCACAGAGCAAACAUAGACUAAUAACACAAUCUGAACAGGACAAGUGUUGCAUACUGCUAGCGAAAUUACAACAACGUUCCGGCCAAUUCCUUUGGGUCCAUAUCGUGUUACAAGUAAAGGACGCAGCUGAUUCACCGAGACAGUUUAUCGUCGCUACAAAUCAGAUAUUAAGUGAAGAAGAGGCAUCAAUAAUGUUAGCUAAUUCCUGGUUGUACCAAUACUACGGUUACCAAAAUCAGCCAUGCAACAUGAUAGAUCCCAGAUGCCAGAAGUUCUUCAGGCGAGAACAAUGCUACCAGGAGCCCUAUCAGGAAACGUAUCAGUAUAUAGAAAACCAGGAGGUGGAAUAUACAGGGUACCAUGUAUCAUCAUAUGUGCAACAUAAGGGUGUAGAGGAAUUCACUGGAUGUGAACGUGUAUACCAGGACAGAGGUCCUGUGGACUAUUCUACGCAUUCACCGCAAUCCACAAUUAGUGAAGAAAGAUCUCCGCAUCAUUACGACGCCCCGUCAGAUAUAGUGGUGAACAGCAAUAUGUAUAUGUACCCACACCAUGGCAAGAGGGAAUACUAUGAACAGUACCCAAGGGUUGCAUACAUGCAAGGUCCGUGUUCGAGUGGGACAAUAGAUGCUGUAGAAUAUCCAAGUCCGAAACGCAUGCGGUUAGUGCCUGCUACUGUGACGGCAGAAGAUGACGGGAUGGACCGUUGGAACCCCAGCCCACCCUGGUCGGACACCACCCUCAAACUAUCAGAGUACAGCCAACGGUUCACAUACAGUCACAUGAUGUCAAUGCCACCAAGUGAGAGAGCUAUGGUCACUUAAAAUAUGGUAUAAAAAAAAUGUGUCAGCUUUCACCAAAGUGUCCUUUACUAAACAAGUACAUUAUUUAAAAAAUAAUGUAAUUAUUUUUUCCUGGUAUUUUCAUACUCAGUAUAUUGCAGGUCACUAUAAGGUAACUUACUUACCAUCAGGUGGGCCGUAAGCUUGUUUACCAUUCCAAGUACAUAAAAAAGUAAAAAAGUUUCCACGAUGUAAUAAUGCCCUGGGUCUAUUCUAAAUAAUCAAUCCACUUAUAAUUUUAAAAAUAAAUUUUAUAAUGUAUUAAUUAUAAUAAUAGUAAUAUUAACCUGGGCAAUCCACAUACCGCCAUCUAGUUGCAAGAUAGAUACAGAUAACAACAGAUAGAUAUACUUAUAUACAAUUUUUGUUCUAACAUAAUAUACCUAGAAAACACCUAAACCGAUACAAAUGCUCAUUGGAAGUAAAGCGAUAUGCUAAGCUGCUAAACCAAUAAGGUCGGCCGUAAUAUUAUGUUCUUAAAAUUACAGAAAACCUAACUUUCCUAGUUUUUAUCAACCAUCCUCCUUUGAUAUCUACAAAGCUAUGUAUUUUAUUCUUGUUAUGUAUUGUUUGUUGAAAUUAUAUGUACUAUAAUUAUGUAUUAGAAUAAGUUGAGUCAAAAGUUUAAAGUACUUUAUCGUAAGUAUUUAUGAUAUGUAUUCGUGAGUUACAAAUGUAAACGAAUUAAAUAAAUUGGUACAGAAAAAAUGAUAAUACUACAAUGAAUGUUAUUUCAUAGAACAAUAGUAGAUAAUCUCUAUGGUAUUUCAAAGACGAAAAACAUUUAAAAAUGACAUACAGUAUGUAUAUAAAGCUAAGAAUUUAUUAAAUAUACUAUAUGAUAUUAGAAGAUUAUUUUCUUAUAUCAGAUUGUAAAUCAACUGUUUAUGCUCAAAAUAGUAUUUAUAAUUUCAUAUAUUGUAAAUAACAUACAAAAUUGAUGUUGCAUUUAUGCUUAGGUUUGUUCCUAUAUUCCUAACAAUGAAGCUCAAUGGAAGAUGACGAAUGUAACAGUAUUUUUAAUAUAAGUUAUAUGGCGGUAAAUAAAGGCGAUAAACACGACACUGAAAUUAGGAGCAAAGGUGAAAAGCGCUCUGGUUUGUUUCCUGAACAUCUCCUCUGAAAGGAUAUUAAGGCAGAUCAUACAUACCUUUACUGAUCCUGAUAAUGGUCCUGAUUUUAGUGCCACGUGUAAGCUGUUUAACUAAGGUCUGUAGUAAAUAAAUAAGCAAUGAACGAUUCCGUCCAAAUAUAUGUGCAUUGCGUUCCAAAGGAAUAGAUUAUUAAAUGUUUUUUUUUUCUUUGUACAUAAAUGUACCGUUUAUAAAUACUACAGAU